GCGCACCACCCGCCGCCGUCCCAUACCCGCGCCUCUGCGCCUCUCUGUGCCUCUCGGUGCCGCACCGCCCCUCGCCGCCGCCCUCUCGCUGCUCGUGGCUUCUUCGCAGAGCCUCAAGUCUUGUCUGCUCUCACCUGCACCACUUGCACCCGGCGCCUCUCGUCUGCGACCCGCUCUCCGCAGCGGCGCCUCUCUCGCCGCACACCAUCAUCUCCAUGGUCAUGGUCCACCCGGCGCCGCCGCCCGCCGAGCCGCGGCGCCGCUCGCUCUUCGGCCUGCGUCGUGGCAAGCCUGCCUCGUCUGCCACCGCUGCUGCCGAGCCAUCGGCUUCGCAGCAUGGCGGCAUGCACAUGGGCAGUGGCGCAUUUGCCGCUGCUGGCAGCAUCCCGCAGAUCCGCGCGCCGCAGCCAAAGGCGCAGCAGCAUGCGCACCACCAGCAGCAGCAGCAGCAGCAGCCAGCAUACCGCCAGACGCAGUACGCCUACGAACAGCCGCGCUCGCAGAGCCCUGCGCCGCGGCAGCAGCGCCGCAGCUCCGAGUCGCAGCCGAGCACCUCGGGGCCGUCUCGGAGUGCCCAGGCUGCCUCGUCACAGCCAUUCCCGGGUGAUGCCGGUCUCGACGAAGGCGAGUAUUCCGCCUCUGCCUCGUACGAGUCCUCACUGGGCAGUGCGGGCCAGAAGAGUUCGUCUGCGACGUCGCGCGAGGGCCACACUCGGACACGCUCGCACUUUAGCAUCCCGGAUGUCGUCGUCACUGCGGCGGAGGAGGAUGGACAGACGCAGCACUUCGAGCACCAGGUGCCGGACCAGAAGCGGCGCUCCUUCGUCUUUGCCAGCACGUCUGCUUCCGCGCAGCAGAGCGCCUAUGGCGAGCCGCCGCUGAGUCCAACGAGCCCCACGUCGCCGACGCGCAAGCGCAUUCCAAGGCCCAAGCCGCUCAUCCGCCUCGACUCGGACGGCAACGGCGGCACCAUCCAAAAGGCCGCACCCGAUGCCGCGUCGAGCCCGACGUCGCCCACGUCUCCCACCUCGACUUCCUCGGGCACGGCGAAGCGGACGCGCAAGAGUAGCUUUCCCGUGCUGUUCGGGCGGCGAGGCAGUGAUCCCGAGAGUGCCGGCGAAGCGUCGACCAAUGACUCUGCCUUCUCCCUGCCCGCCUCUUCUUCGCGCGACGACAUCUACCGCACUGCCGACAGCUUUGCCGGGCCCUCGAGUCCGCCCAGCUCGCCGCGGCGCACCGAGCGGGCGCCAGCACCCGCACUGCCGGCUCUGUCGCCUGCGCCAGCGCUGGCUCCGCGUGCGCCGCUGACGAAGAAGCAGGUGCGCGCGCGCGAGAAGGAGGAGGCGACACUCAUGAAGGACCUGGAGAAGGUCGAUCGCAUGGUGCGCGCACAUGAUCGCAAGGCGGCAAAGGAGGCCGAGCGCGCCUCGAAGCGAGAGCGCAAGCUCCGCGAGGCAGCGGCCGUCGAGAAGCCGCUGGGCUCGCUGCAGCAGGAGAGCAAGACGACGAAGGCACUGCGACGCAUGACGAUCUUCAGCACUGGGCCCAAGACGGUUCGACGAAGACCUAGCUCAGCGCGUCGCGAUGGCCGACCUCUCUCGGGACACACAGCCGUUGCGGCUGAGGCGCAUCGACAGGUGCAGCAAGCGCAGGCGCCGCCAAAGGACAGCGACGACUCGUCACGCAGUGCGGCGUGGUCAUCGCGCGAGUGGACAGACGUUAAGCUGGCAGCGCCGUCCGCGCAGAUGCCUAGUCUUGUGCACCCUCUCGACGCCGCAGCCGCACAGCAGGCGCAGGCGCCUCUCGCGCGCAGCGGCAGCGUGCAGCGAGCGCGUGCGCGUGCUGAGGCAGAGGGAGUAGCGCGGCAGCGCAACAGCCUGCGGCGCACCGGCUCGCAGACGCGCAUGAGCGGUGGCGGACCGACGAAGCGACGCUCGUUCAUUGCGGCGAGCCAGCGGAGCAGUCGCAAUGAGGAUGAGAUGCUGGGAUGGGAAGAAGAGGUCGAGGCGGACCUACAGCGCGUGGAGCGCAACAAUGCGGGCGAUGAGACGCCAAGACCGAAGGAGACAAGGCAGCGGGACGCGCAGCCGCAGCAACAGCAACAGCGAGCAGCGCCACCACCAAGAGCCGAUGGUCGCGCCUCGCCAAACGUCUCCUACUCGCGUCCCUUCCGCACUUCUUCCGAGUCCGAGCGCGAUGCACGCGCCGUCGAGGUCGCUCUGCCCACGCACUCUUCUCCACCAGCGGCGCCAAGCACGCCUCCGCUCUCCUCGGCGGCGCAGAUGCAAGCGCGCUCACAGUCGAGUCCUCCUCGCCCUAGCGGGGCUACUGCAACCCAGGCCCGCGCCCCUGUCGUCUCCAAGAGCAGCCCUCCGCGCCCCGCACGAGCACCUCGCGGCGCAGGCGCCAACCCGCCGGGCUUCUCGUUCCCGCCGCGGCAGCCGCCGCAGCAGCGCGCCGACACGCUCCCGCUCGCUGCCACGCGCCCGGCACACGCCGCCUCGGAGCCGCAGAGCAUGGUGCGCAGUGCGUCGGACCCGCGCUUUGUGUGAGGUGCUCGGCACCAGAUGCCAGCAAUGUAUUUGUAGAGUGCCUUGCUGCGCCUGUGCCCGCGCGAGAGGAAUGGUGAGGCUGCGAGCUCAAGGCCCGAUG